AUGUUUGAUGUAAUGAGUUUGACUCAAGCGGGAGCAUCACGUGGUAUUAUUAACACCGAUGAAGAUGAUCGAACCUCACAAAAGAAGACAAUGACACGCAUUUCGGCGAAAUGGAUGGUAACGGUGCGUGAACACGCGGAGGCGCUCAUCAGCAUCAUCAGCUAUCAAAAUACGCCAGCGAUACAACUACAGCACGUUCAAACCAGGCGAAAGUGGAGCCGGACAUGGCGCUCAAUGUGA